AUGGAUAGCUUCGAUGUCACGGACAUCAGCAAUGCGCUCAAAGAAGUGACCGACGAAAAGACAAACAAAAACGUUGAAGCUUCCAAUCUUGCUCGCGAGAAGGGAUGGGUUCCACCGGAGCAGUACGACUACGCCAAGUACAACACUGGUCCUGCUGAGAAGCCGGAAGAGGUCACUGAACAAAGUGAAAUCCCGGAGUGGGCUGCCAAAGCUGCUAAGUAUGAAUGGAACGAUGAGUUCGGUGAUGUCGGUCCUCCCAACAAAGAACUCGAGGAUAUGUUGUUCCGUAACGAGUUCAUCAAUCGUGCUGGCCUCAAAAUUGGCAACCUACAGAAGAUCGAUGUUAUCGCUGAAAGUAGAGAGCGUCCUAACCCAGUCAAGAACUUUGACGACGCUGGUCUCCAUCCUAUCAUGCGCGAGAACAUUCGUCUGUGCAACUAUGAGGUCCCAACGCCUAUCCAGGCCUACGCCAUUCCUGCUGUUCUUACCGGUCAUGAUUUGAUUGCCAUUGCCCAGACGGGCUCUGGCAAAACGGCUGCUUUUCUGAUUCCUGUGCUUUCCCAGCUUAUGGGCAAGGCAAAAAAGCUAGCAGCCCCCCGUCCUAACUUGGCCAACGGCUUUGAUCCUUCGGUCGAUGCUGUUCGUGCCGAGCCACUGGUGCUUAUCGUUGCGCCAACCAGAGAACUAUCCACUCAGAUUUUCGACGAGGCUCGUCGUCUAUGCUAUCGCUCUAUGUUGCGCCCCUGUGUCGUUUAUGGUGGCGCUCCCGUGCGUGAGCAGCGUGAGGAGCUCCAGAAGGGCUGUGACAUUCUCAUCGGUACUCCUGGCAGACUGCUGGACUUUAUGGACAAGCCUCAUGUCCUUUCCCUUCGCCGGGUCAAGUAUACCAUCAUCGAUGAAGCCGAUGAGCUUCUUCUCUCCGACUGGGAAUCCGACUUUACCAAAAUCAUGUCUGGCGGAGACGUGAACGAGGAUGCAGACCAUCGUUACAUGAUGUUCUCUGCAACCUUCAACCGCGAAUGUCGUCGUUUGGCCCGCAAAUUCCUUGCGGAAGACCAUGUUCGUAUCCGCAUUGGUCGUCCUGGCAGCACCCACAUAAACGUCGAUCAGACCAUCAUCUAUGCCGAGGAUCAUCUUAAAAAGCAAUGCCUCUACGACCUUCUGCUGGCAAUGCCGCCAUCGCGGACCUUGAUUUUUGUCAACACGAAGACCCAGGCCGAUUUCCUGGACGACUUUUUAUACAACAUGGGCCUUCCGAGCACCUCUAUCCAUUCCGAUCGGACUCAGCGCGAACGUGAGGAUGCUCUGCGUUCCUUCCGUAGUGCUAGAUGCCCGAUCAUGGUGGCCACUGGCGUCUCGGCUCGUGGACUUGAUAUCAAGAACGUUAUGCACGUCGUCAAUUUUGAUUUGCCGAGUGCCACCCAUGGUGGCAUCACCGAGUAUAUUCAUCGUAUUGGACGUACUGCACGCAUUGGCAACGAAGGCCUUGCAACCUCCUUCUACAAUGACAGAAACUCCGAUAUUGCCCCCGACCUCGUGAAGAUCUUGAUUGAAACCGGCCAGAAAGUCCCCGAUUUCCUUGAGUCCUAUAAGCCUGCCGAUGAGGUGGUGAAGUUCGACGACGAUACAGAUGAUGAGGCUGCCGAUGGGGACGACAACGAAAACACCAACAACGAUGAUGCUGGAACUGGCUGGGGUGGCAUUCCCAUGGAAUCCUCCAACGACGAUGCCCCUGUCUCUACCGGCUGGGAGUGA